AUGAAACUUAUAGUUUGCAAUGAACUUCAAAGUAUAGAUACAACAAAAGUUUUGAACUCAGAUGCUUUGAAGAGUCUUAUAACAGACAAAGUUGGAGUUGUUGAAAGAAAGUAUAAAGACCAAAGAGUUUGUGAAAAUGUUGCAAACUUCAUUAUGGUUUCAAACAAUGCUGUUCCGAUGAAGUUAGAAAGUUCUGACAGAAGAUAUGUAGUUGUCAGAACGUCAGAUUCUCAUAUGCAAGAUACAGAAUAUUUUGACGACUUAGCAGAAACUUUGACACCUGAGUUUUACAACCACUUGUUCUCAUAUUUCAUGACAUUAGAUAUUUCUAAGUUCAAUCCAAGACAAAUUCCACAUACCGAAGAGAGACAAACAUUGUUAGAAGCAAACAAGAGUGUAUAUGAACUGUUCAUAGAUGAAACUGACUUUGUGUCAUUAGAUGAAAGGUCUUUAUAUGAUGAAUAUAAACAAUAUUGUCAAGAAUAG